AUGAGCGACUCCCUCCCGGACGACAUCUGGGUGCAGUCCUUCCUGCCCACACCCCCCCGCCCCCUCCUCACCGCCCUCCAGAAGCGCCACAACACCUCCAACGUCCAUCUCGCCGCCCUCGCCGACAUCUUCAAGCAGCGCGCACACAUCGAAGCCCAGUACGCAGACUCCCUCGCCAAGCUCGCAAAGUCCGCAGACUCGGGCCUCCUCACCGGCAAGAUUGGCAACGACUGGGCGAAGAACAGCGGAGAGGCCAGGGUCUGGGACUCGCUCGUUGCCGAGCUCGCAGAGACAUCCGCAUCCCAUUCUACGCUGUCGGCACUGAUCAGGACGGAUUUCGAAGGCCCUCUGCGUGAUCUCCCCGGCAACAUCAUUCCCUGGCGCCGCAUCAACGAGCAGGAGGCAUCCCUCGAUAAGACCCUCAAAGACUAUGAGAAGGUCUCUGCCAAACUAGGAAAGGCAUCCAGCAAGUCAAAGUCGUCAAAGGUAGAUGGCUUGCAGUCAGAACUCAAUCAGAUCACCCAGUCCCUCUCCAGCCUCUCGCCGAUGGUCUACACCACGUACCAGAGGCUGGACGAAGAACGGUUGCGCGCCGAGAAGGAGAUCGCGGUGAGGUGGGCGACUGUCAAGGGCGACAUGGCUACCCGGGACGGUCAGAGGGCAGAAGGGACUGUGGCAAGCUUGCUCGGGUGGGAGACCGGAGAAGAGGUGACGGCUGUCGGUCAGAAGCUGGGUGCCAUUGGCGGCGGGACAGCGGGAAGUAUCAGAGCGACGCCAGGGCCGGAAAGUGUCGUUGGUACUCCCCAAUCCAAUCGCCGUCACUCCUCUAUAGCCCCUUCCACCCGUAGCCACGACUUCUCGCCUCACCCUCAAGCGCUGCGCAAUGGCUCACAAGGCAAUGUGUCUACCACCGGUUCCUCAUUUGCUGGCGGCUUCAAGUCUAUGCUCGGUAGAACCAAAACGAUGGGAGGCAGUGGUAACAGGAACAGAAGUGGUAGCAAUGCCACUUCUACCAGAAGUGCGCACCGAACGAAUGACUUUGAAGCAAUCGGAGAGGAGUCGAGGAACCAUCCUCUGCCGUCUGAACCUAUCAGUGCUCCUUCGGUAAGUCAAUUGACGGUUCAUCGACAGCGCAGGGCUGAUAUGACAAAGAAUGCGCCACCGGUGGAUGAGGAGGGUUUCAGUGUCGCUCCCUCUGAUCGUCACCGCAACCCCUGGGAAAACCCCAACGAGCUCAUUCCCUCCCCCACAGGUGGCUCCACUUCGGCCUCCCACCCUACCUCUCCCACUGGCAACAACGCCCUCUUCUCCCAGAACUUUACAUCCUCCCCGAACGCCUCCUCCGAAAACCUCGACUCUGCCACCGGCCAACCGCGCCUCAAUUUGUCCUUGGCAGAAAAGCCGAUUCAGGAGAGCGAGGAGGCGAGGCAGGCGGCGCUGGCAAAGAUGCAGCAGACUCUACAGCUUCCCCCUCCUGGUGGCGCACCGAAUCGAAGGUCGACCAUAGCUAGAAGGGGCAGGGAUGUUAGAAAUACCAUGUUUGGUGGGCCGACCGACGAUGGGUCGCAAGGAUUUGGCUUUGGGCCGGGGACAGUGGUCGGUGCGAGCGCAGGUGCCGCGACACUUCCUAAGCUCUCUGAGCCCGAAGAGCGUCUCGCAGAGUCUCCUGCUUCCACUCGCUCAAACAUGUUCAAUCGUGAUACCAUCCCUUCACCAUCACCCAUGGGGCGCCGCACCUCCCUCUCAUCUGUCUCCUCUAAUAACCCCUUUGAUUCGCCCGGUAUGGUCACGUCCGGCAUGUCGGGCAUGACCCCUCAAGUCGCAACUACUUCCACCGACCAUCCAGGUCUGCGAGCCAACAUCAGCGAGAUGGUCAACGUCAUCUUCAAGUCCAAGACAGUCUCGCGAAUUCAGAUUACUGGCGAAGUUCAUCUAUCCCUCCGUCACGAUCCUACAGUCACUCCCACCCCUGAAGGUCCUAUCCACCUCCGCCUCACACAAUUCGAAAGGCUGGAAAAGAUUGCGCCCAACCCCGCCUACCUUGCUCAAGUGCCCGAUAGGCCAGGGGAAUACUUUUUGAAUGCCGAGGUGCUGGCGGCUGCUACAUCAAAGGCCCCUCUUGGUACGGGAGCUAGUAAGGGCACACUACUGUUCAAGUAUGUGGUGCAUGUCCAACCGGGGAAGGAGGCUGCAUUUUUGCCGCUUACGCUCGACCCAGCGUUCCAGUGCAAGGAAGGCGAAACAAGGAUGAUUCUGCACUACACUUGCAGCCCCUCAACGUCCCUGUCUCUCCAAGGCGCCAACGCCACCAUCGUAGCCGCCUUUGCCCCUGGCCCCGCGAUCACCAAUGUGCAAGCCAAACCUGCUGGCGGAGUCUGGUCUCCCGCGACGAGACGUAUGCAAUGGAAGCUCGACGAGCUGGACGGAGAGGGCAAGAUUAUCGCCAAAUUCACAAGCGAGUCUGGGAGCGGGGAGGCGAUGAGCCCGCAAGGGGUGCAGGCGUCUUGGGCCGUGGAAGGGUCGUUGAUCAGUGGUUUGGGUAUCGAAAUUGUACCUGGACAGCUGGAGGGAGACGGAUGGAAGUUUGAGGAGGUGAGGCAGAACACUACAACGGGCAAAUAUCUUGCCGAGGCGAGCGGGCAGUAGAGUUGUAUACAUACAAAAUUAGGAUAAUCGGAUAUUCAGACGACAUUUUAUACUGGAGCUUUGGUAUAUUUUUGUCAAUGUUGGUCUUUUUGCGUUGCUCGGUAUUAGGCUAUGUAGUCUUGUUAAUCGAUGAGAUGAUGGACUUGUGGACUGAGA